GGUGGACAGAGUGUGGACGUGACCGUAGGGAGGAGUGAGGACUGAGGGGUGGCGAUGGAGAGAGAAGAGCAAGCAGCGGACACUGGGGCCUGUUUUCCAAAGCAAGAUCCCGAGCGCAGCGGAGGUCACAUGAUCUCGACGGACGACGUGGAGUACCCCCGGGAGUACCGCACGCUGGGGAACGGCACGCGGCGCUUCUCCAACGUGGGGCUGGUGCACACCUCUGAGCGCAGGCACACUGUUAUCGCUGCCCAGAGCCUGGAGGCCCUCACCGGGCUGCAGAAGGCUGACAUGGAGCGCAAGCGAGACGCCUUCAUGGACCAUCUGAAGAACAAGUACCCCCCUCAGCAUCCCCCCUCUCCCUCCCCCUCCCACGGAAGCAUGAGGGGGCAGCCUGACCGUGUCCGAGAGCAGCAACAGCCGAACUACUGGAGCUUUAAGACCCGCAGCCCUCGCCACUCCCAGUCCACGCAGUCCGGCCUGGCCGACCAGGCCAGCAAGCUGUCCUUCGCCUCCGCCGAAUCCCUGGAAACCAUGUCUGAGGCCGACAUCCCGCUCGGAUUCAACCGCAUGAACCGCUUUCGCCAGAGCCUGCCCCUGUCGCGCUCCGCCAGCCAGACCAAGCUCCGCUCGCCAGGCGUGCUGUUCCUCCAGUUUGGCGACGAGACCCGGCGGGUGCACAUCACCCACGAGCUCAGCAGCCUGGACACGCUGCACGCCCUCAUCGUGCACAUGUUCCCGCAGAAGCUGACCAUGGGCAUGCUCAAGUCCCCCAACACCGCCAUCCUCAUCAAAGACGAGACGCGCAACGUCUUCUACGAGCUGGAGGACGUCCGGGACAUCCAGGACCGCAGCAUCAUCAAGAUCUACCGCAAGGAGCCCAUCUACGCCUCCUACCCUACGGCCCACCUUGCCAAUGGGGAUCUAAGGAGGGAGAUGGUGUACACGUCCCGCGAGUCCUCCCCCACCCGCCGGCUCAACAACCUCUCGUCCUCCGCCUCCCCCCCCUCGGGCUCCCCGUCCCGCUCCCGCCUCUCUUACAGCGGGGGGAGGCCCCCGUCCUACGCGGGGCCCCCGCACCCCCACGCGCACCACCCCUCGUCCGGCCAGCCCCCCGCCGGCCUCUCCCCCUCCCCGAGCGCCAUCCUGGAGCGGCGGGACGUCAAGCCGGACGAGGAGGUGUCCAGCAAGAACAUGGUGCUGAUGAAGAACGAGGGCCUGUACGCCGACCCCUACAGCCUGGUGCACGAGGGCCGGCUCAGCAUCGCCUCCACGCAGUCCCUGGCUGCCAUCGGGGACCCCUUCACGUUCCCCGUGUCCGGGGGGCUGUACCGGAGAGGCUCCGUGCGCUCACUCAGCACCUACUCUGCCGCAGCGCUGCAGGGCGAGCUGGAGGAGGCCCUGUACAAGCCCGGGGGGCCCCUCUACUCCGACUCCUAUGCGUCGGCCUCCACCCUGGGCAUGGGCUUCCGCCUGCCUCCCUCCUCCCCCCAGAAGAUCCCGGACGUCCAGCUGCGCGACAGGGACUCCUACUCCGGCCCCCCCAGCCGCGCCUCCCCGGUGCGGCAGUCCUUCCGCAAGGACUCCGCGUCCUCCUCCGUGUUUGUGGAGAGCCCCAAAUCUCGCUCCGGCUCGGGUUCAGACCCCCUGUGCGGGCCGGGGGGCCCCAGUGGAGAGGGCAGGGGCACCCCCGGGUACAACUCCCCCCAGGCCGCCAACGACAGUGAGACCCGGGAGCGGAUGGAGGCGAUGGAGAAGCAGAUCGCCAGCCUGACCGGCCUGGUGCAGAGUGUGCUGACCAGAGGGCCGGACAGCGACAGCACAGAGAAGACAGAGACAGCUAGCGACGGGUCAGGGACUGGAACUGGGCGGCUGAAAACAAAAGCCUUGACGCCUUCCGCACCAAGCGCAGGGGCGGCCAUGCCCCCUCCCCCGGCCGGCGCCACCCAGGCCACUGCAGUCACGCGCCUGCAGAUGCAGCUCCACCUGCACGACCUGCAGCAGAACGCCACAGACCUGCGGGACCAGCUGUCCCAGCUGCGCAAGAUGCAGCUCCAGAACCAGGACUCUGUCCGGUCGCUCCUGAAGCGGACGGAGACGGAGAUCAGUGUGCGGGUGACAGACGCCCUGCGCAAGCAGGAGGACCCCCUGCAGAGACAGCGCCUCCUGGUAGAGGAAGAAAGACUGAAAUAUCUCAACGAGGAGGAGCUCAUUAUACAGCAGUUGCAUGACCUGGAGAAGUCAGUAGAGGAGAUCCAGAAGGACUCUUCAGUGAAUCACAGGCUGGUGACUGUGCAGGAGCUGGAGGAGAAGGCGCUGGUGCUGAGGAAACUGGGAGAGACCCUCACUGAGCUCAAGAACCAGUUCCCCAGCCUGCAGAGUAAGAUGCGAGUGGUCCUCAGGGUAGAGGUGGAAGCUGUCAAGUUCCUCAAGGAGGAGCCACACAGACUGGAUGCACUGCUGAAACGCUGCAAGACCAUCACUGACACUCUCACGACUCUCCGCAGGCAGGUGAACGAGGGAAUAUGGAAGGGCCAGGAGGACUUUGCCAGCCAGUCCCAGAAACACACUGAUGACUUCCCAAAGAACACAGACUUCGAUAUUCCUACCAGCCCACCUCUCAACUUCAGCGACCUGGGGGGCAGUGCCAGCCUCUCGUCCUGGACACCUCACAGCGGCCCUGGCCUCAACCCCUCCAGCACCCACCACGAUUCACCCCAGCACGGGCCCCUCAAGAACCGGCCCUUGGAGGAGCUGUCGGGCCGCCGAGGAGUGGACAAGUCUGUGUCUGUGGAGGCUGCCGAGAGGGACUGGGAGGAGAAGCGUGCCAGCCUGACUCAGUACAGCGCUCAGGACAUUAACCGGCUCCUAGAGGAGACCCAGGCCGAGCUCAUGAAGGCCAUCCCUGACCUGGACUUCGCAGCCAAGCAGGCCAAACCCUUAGCCGCGCCCACCACCCAAAGCAGCACCCCCAUCUCUGAGAUCCGGCCCAGCAAACCCCAGCACAUCGCACACAAGCUCUCCAGCAAGAGUGAGCCCAGCGCACGCCGUGGCUCCGAUGAGCUAACGGUACCCCGCUAUCGAACGGAGAAGCCAUCCAAGUCGCCCCCUCCCCCUCCACCCCGCCGCAGUUUCCCAUCAUCCCACGGGCUCACCACCACCCGAAGUGGAGAGGUCAUUGUCACCAGCAAGACUAUCAAGAAGUCAGAGUCGGAAGAGACAGAAGCACAGAAGCCCCACGUGAAGCUUAGGCGGACAGUCUCCGAAGCCCCCCGGCCGGCCUCCACCCCCCCUGUCAUCGCCUCGGGGGUGAAGGACGAGGAUGAUGAGGAGAAAAUCAUUGCAGAGCUGGAGGUGUUUCAGAGAGCCCCAGUCAAAGCCAAAGUGUCCCCUCCCCACUCCCUGCCCAGCACCCUCCGCAGAGCCACGCCCCCCCCCAGCCUGGAGCUGUGGCCCCCAGGGGCCCCGGGAAGGAAGUUAUCCUCAGCAGCACUGCACACUACCAGCUUGCAGGGGGAGCUUGACUGCCUGGCUCAGCUCCAUACCUGCACAUCCUCACUGGACUCCAAGGAACAGGAUAUUCAGCUUACUAGUCCGGCCCUCCGUCAGGUCCCCCGAAUCGUGCUGACAGAGUGGAUUUCAGCCCCAUCCUCCCCAACUGAGAGUGCACCUAUUGCGGCUUUGGAGGAGUCUGAACAGAGCAUAGGAAAAGCCAGAACUGGUGUUAUGAGACCGCUGGACUAUGAAGUCAUCACAGCCAGUUCAGCUCCAAAGAAUACCAUCCAGCCCAGUUCCACGGAGAACUAUGAUAAAUUCCCUUUAGGUGGUAGUAUAGACUAUGGAGCUGCCCAGGAUGGGAAUACUUUGGAAUCGCACGUUUCUCAGUCUCCCCUGACUUCCAUGGGUUCUCUGUCAGCUCAGGGAGACGCCAGCAAAGUCUCCAUUACUCCUGUGAACUCCCCAGGAAAACAACGGAAACCCUUUCCAUGGGAGCUGAGGAUUCAGGAGUCUUUUGAAGCAGAGGGAGACGUGGAGGAAAGUACAAAGGAGGAGCUGGCCUUGAUCAUAACAGAGAGUCAGGUGGAGGCUGUGUCGAGCGAGGAGGUUCAAAAGAUUAUCAGACAGGCAGGGGAGGAAGUUCAGGUCUUCAGCGUCCCCACCCAGAGACAGGAAGACCAGAUUGUGUCGAGGCUUCAUAGGACAGGAGAGGGAGUAAAGACCCAGCUCCACGUUCAGAUUCAGCUGAGCAAGACCCCCCUGAUUUUUGUGUUUGAUGAUCCGGUGGAGAUCAGGACGGCAUACAGGCAGCUGACUUUAAUGAUGGAGGAGGCGAAGGAAGAUGACCCCACUGACUCUCGUAGUUCUACAGGGAAGCCCUUACCGAAACCAAGAACAGUGAGGUCACACAGGACCCCCAGUACCCCUGCAGUUAGUGGCAAUCAACCCAGAAUCAAACUACCACUGAGACAGCUGAGGGCACUGACCAAAGCCUUGGAGCUUGGGCUUCAGACAGGACAGAGGACCAUACAGGUUGCCUUCAGUGAGGGAAAGGAGGCAUCUGAACCAGCAAAGGCAGCAGAUCAAAUAUCAGGAAAGAGCACACACAGUUCCUCCAAUGGUCUUCUCCAGAGAUCUCCACCACACGUGGUUUCAGGACCUCCAAUCCCCACCACCGCGUGUGGUGCUAGAAAAAAUGGUCAGCCUGCAGAAGUAGAUGAUGUGACAUUGAAGCCCAAUGGGCUGACUGGUUCUGAACAGCACCGAGGCAGAAAGGUGUUGUCUGCAGAUUCCCCGGAGGUGGGUCAUGAGCCCAGGGGCACCGACGUUUCGGAAGCGCGGUCGCAGGAGAUAAGGAAGAGCACGUACCAGCAGCUGGACAGCUUGGAGGAGACAAUCCGCGAGCUAGAGAGUACGCUGCAGGAGAUCAGCACACACCCUUCAGCAGAGUACCUCUUCUCCAAGGAGUUCUUAGGCCAGCUGGGGACAGCAGACUGCGAGACACCCUUGGGCGCAGUAUCAGGAGCCGCAGAACAGACCAGUGGACUUAAAGAGAGCUUAGACUUGCAGUCCCAAAGCAGAGACCAAGAGCAAGCAUCUCUCACCAGGAAGAAGCCUCCAGUUCCACCAAAGCCAGCCUCCCUACCGCUGGAUGCUGCUAAGACGGGCGGGGGCUCCUCCGGCUCCAGCAAGGGGCUCCACUCCGCCACCUCCCGGCUGAAGAACAUCCAGCAGAGCAGCCCGGAGAAGAGCAAGGCAGGCAAGCAGCGCGAGGACUUCCUCAAGAUCCAGGGCCAGCAGCAGCCAUGCCCUGUGUGGGUGUCCACUCUACUUGGGCCACAGUUCAAGGCCCUGGGAAGCAGCAGUAGCAGCAGCAGCAGUGUCCCAGAGCCUGUCCUCUCCAACACCAAGACUGUGACUUUCUCUGGCUCCCUGUCCACGUCCUCCGGCCUCCCCUCUUCCUCUACAGUAUUUGCACCUGGCUUGAAGAAAUACCCCCAGGACGGAGCCGCUUCCUCCUUCUCUGCCUCCUCCAGCCCGGCCAAGACUCUGUUCUCCAGCCUGUCGGCCUCCAGCCUCAGCACCGAGGCCCUGCUCUCCUCCACCUUCCGGCGGAGGCUGGUGAAGGAACAGCGUACCUCCUCGGCUCCACUGCCCCAGCCCAACGGUCGCCCCGCCUCCACGGCCUCUGCCUCCCCGACAUCCUCCUCCCCCCUCUCCUCACUCAGCCUCUCCUCGCUUGGCCUCAAAACAGCCCGCACCCUCCAGUACGCCGGCCUCCACAGCUUCCGGGACCGCGGGAGCAAGACACUGCCCAAGCCCUCAGUGAGCACGGGGGACAAAUGAGAAGAACACAACAAUCCCAAAAUCGAAAGGAAAGAAAGCCCACCGGAUCCCUCUCUUGCUCCUUCUUCACCUUUGUGGCAGACCGCACUCCUCUGACACAGGCUGGGACCAGACUACAGGGAAACAGGAUCUGAGCUCAAGUCACUUUCUGUGUCUGUGCUGUCAUUCUUUGGUGCUGGCCCAGUAGAUGCCUGGUUUCGAACCCAGGUGUGUUUUUGAGAAAGCUAUAACCGUUCCCUAUCAGGGGCUGCGAUACCCCUUCAAUGAUGCAACUCUCAUAUGUCCAGGACGCCUGGAUGUUGGAUACUCGAGGUGAAAAGACAGGUGCCUGCUGACAGACACUCAGCAGCCCUGCCCUUGUGUCGGCUUGUUCCCAGGAACGCAGUUAAAGCUCAGUGUGUUUUAUACUGCCUCAUCAGCACAGCUUUCUGUAGAUAUAGGAUUGUGUAAUGUCCCUGAGUGUGUUUCUUACAAGCCUGCUGCUUCUUCUCCUUUAACUGAACUGGCUUAUCUCUUCACCUGUAGUGCAAACCAUCAUUUUUUUAAUCAUUGUUCUCUGCAGUACAGUCCAGGUCCUGCUGUAGCCAGGGUAUGAACAUGGAUACUAAAUACAGUGCAAACUCCGUUUCAGAAUAUGCAACUGUAGUCACAAUUGCCAAAUUUCAUACAACUUGUCUAUAUUUCAGUGAAUCUCUUCCAGAUUGUAUUUUUUUAACUGCACACUGUAUUUCAAGUCAGAAAAGGUUGCAAUAAUCAAAAAAUGAAAUUUGGUCUACGGUUUAGAUGAUUUUACUUAUGUGUAAUAACGCUUAGUGUGAAUCUAUUCAUGCAAAGACAAGCAAUGAGAAAACAAAUUGUCAAUCACUUGUUAGCAGUUCAUUAACCUGUAGGAAAGCAGUGCUAGCUUUAGAAACAUGGCUUUUUUCAGGCUGUAGCAUAACCUCUCUGCACUUCUGUAAAAACCCACAGUAUGUCUACAGCAAACUGCAUCAGAUUUUUUUUCCAGGUCUGAAUUAAUUUCAGUCCUAAAAUUACUGUCUCCAGUGCUCUCAGUCUCACUGUGGUGUGCAGAAGCAACCACCCAGAGAGAAGAAAAAUAGUCUUGACCUGUGGCUUCUUCUACAUGUGCAAUCCAAAUGGUUUGUUUCCGGACUGUUUCUGGUUCAUUCUGUGAAGCCUGGCUUUAGGGAUGAUUGUUCUGAAAUACUCUUGGAUGCUAUUUCGUGAUGCCAUUUGCCUGAAGAAUAAAAGGUCAUAGAAAGAAACAACAUGCAACUCUCCCCCACCCCCUAUAAAUGGUUGUCAUUUGAGAGUUGUAAGAAAAAAACAACAGUUUGCUACUAGAAACAUGACCUUAAGAAACUGUGCUCAGAUACCUGGGUAAGAGCUGAGUGCUGCUGCGUGACUCUGAAGAGCCAUAUGAACUAUGAAAAACGCUUUACUUCAAUGUUGCUGCAUAUUGGCUUCAUAAUCCCUAUUAAACAUGUUAAACAUCUACACAGGAUGUUUUAAUCGCAUAAUGUUUUAUAUGGGAAUGAGCCUGAGCCAAUGACGUACUGUAACAUGCAGGUUGUGAUGAAGCAUACCAAUCCCUAGAAAUGGUACUCAGUCAUGUCAUGACCUCUUAAGCAAACGUUAUGUCAUUUAGGAACAGGUAAAGGUUUGUUCCAUGCUGAAAAGAGAAGAAAGGAAACACAACAUUUCGGCUGUGGAGCAUUCUCUGCUGUGUUGUUUUGUCAUUUCUGCAUGUCCCUGUAAAACACUAUGCACAAUGACUUGUGUAGCAAUUAUGAAGGGAUUAUGAAGCUAUUGUACAGCGAAUUCAGUAAAGCAUUACCGAAAAGGCUAGAAUGGAAGUGAAGAAGUUCCUUUUACAGAAUCCAGAUGCACAGAGACCUCUUUUGAUGAAGGGUACGGCAGGCGUUCUGUGAGCCUUUGUUGUUGUUUUUUUCUGGAACUGAAAAGCACAAUGUAUAAUAACGCCAGAUUCUCACCUAAUGCUAAGGAAGAAGAAGAAAAAUCAGACAGAGUUCAUGACAAUCACUGUUCUAUCCUGAAUCACAGGGCUCCACAGCAGAGCCCCGGUGUCCUUGGAGUGCCUCUGCACAGAGCAGGACGAGCCAGUCCCGCCUUCGGGGUGAACUGUGAUGAUCCUGUCUGGGAAUUCUAGUGCUUGUUUUCAAUUCCAGUUUAACCAGUUUACUUCUGAAUCAAGUAACAAGAUUCCUAGACGUGCCCAGCUAAGCCUCCAUUUGAGCAGAACUGAGGUUGGGUAAUGACUGAGCAAGGGUGAUUCACAGCUAAAUCCUGUUACAGUCUUGUGCCCCGCCUGCCGAGAAAGGCAAUAUGCUGCUAUUGACAUUAUUUGUGCAGUCGAACAGUUUUUAAAAGCUGAACACCGAUAAUUAAGUGUAUCGUGGUUCCUUUAUGCCAUUAGCCAAACUGCACAGCUCCAUAGCUGAGGUGCCAAAUUCAGUGCUUUUUGAUCAAUUAAAUAUUGAAACAACAGAAAGAAGCAGUUCUGGGAGUUCAAGGUCAUUUGAGUUUUGAUUACCGUAUUUGAUACUGUAUUUGAUGAGCUGUUUCCAGGCAGUCUUGUUUCUCUCUAAUAUCCAGCAUUUUUCUGGCAGAACUACAGUUUAAAAAAUCCUUUAUUUUCAUCCUAAACAGGCUCCAAAAGACAGAGCUCUGCAAGCACUAUGGUGUGUAUGUACAGUAUUGCAUAAGGUACAGCCCAUUGUAAUUGCACCCUCAGUGAGUGAUAUAGAUAAACAGACUAAAAUGAUGGCUUAUGGCUUCUGUAUUCAGAAAGCAGGCAGGGGGGAUGAGUGGAGCGGACUAUCAUAUUGUCCCCAGCACAGUCCCGUGAAAUUGCAGAGCUAUGAGUGCUUGGCAAAGGCUGCAGGGGUCCCAGCUGCACAUUAAGUGUUUUGUAAUGUCUUAGCCAGCUCCCUGCCAUCACUGUGCUGGACCUCACUUCAGCUGCAGAGUGUUCUGUCAGCGAUCAGGCCCAGCCUUGCUUGCCUCAUGGACCACAGUGCGCACUGCCCCCUGCAGGGUCCUCUUUGAUUUGUUGCUGGGUUUUUCAAAGGUAGUCGCACCCAGCAGAACUAAUGUGUGUAGGUAGGUAGGUAAGGUCCCCUUUUCAGGCCAUAAAGACUCAUGGGGGAAUGGGGGGGCAAGGGCCACCAUUUUUCUCAACCACCCAACACUGGAGGUGGAGGUGAUGUGGUCAGCAUCACGCUCCAGCCAGCCUGUUACCCCUGGUACUCAUUUGGAGAGCAGGCUGAGUUGGUGACCUGGGAGCCGUCUGGAAGGAAUUGGAGCUGCAUCACUUGCCCCUACCUGGGAUUGAACCCAGGACCUUCCGCUCAGGAGCUAGACGCCCUUGUCGUCUGAGCUACCACAGCUCCACUGAUGUGUGUAGGAACUGUCAUUUGUUUUGCUUGCCUUGUUAAUUGAUGGAGUCUUGCUCCAAUUUUCAAGCUAACCUGAGGUUUCCAGAGAUGAUGAAAUCGCUAUUGUAGUGUCACACAUUCUGUGCCUUUUCAGCAAUACUUACGAAAGCUAGUGAAAAUAUGUCAUACAGCACAGUGUGUGACAGCCCCUCAGCUAACGUUAGGUUAUGACUAAUUCUCAGAGGACCUGUUGGAAAGUAUUGUAAGUUUGAUUGUUAAGUGACUCUGUGCAUGAUUCCCCUGAGAGUCCUGCUUAUUCCCUCCUGUUGCAUUGUCGUCAUUAGUGCAGAUUGAGCUUUAGCAGAUGCUACUGUAGAUACUUCAUAGCUGUCGUCAUAUUUUUAGGUAAACAGGAAUCACUGUCUUAAGACACCAUGUUUAGAAGAUUUUGCUGUUAAUAAAAAGGACAAUCAAUACUUGUUGUACAAAAGAAUCUGGAUGGUCCUAUUUUCCAGAAAAGCCUGUCAUGUACCAACAGAUCUGCAGUUCUUGGUGUUAAUUGUAUGAUCUCUUCUUGUCAGGGUUCACUGUGAAGAUUGGUUGUCCUUUUUGUUGCUGUAGGAUUACCAGGUGCUUGUAUAAAGGUAGUGCAUUGCUAACCCCUUUUUACAGGCAAGUGAGAACUUAUUUUAUGUCUCAUUCUAUCCAUGCCUAUAAAUGAAUUACUGAAAUUAUCUGAUGCAACCUGUCCUUGCAUUUCUGUAAGUUUUCCCAAGUCUUUCUGUUGAGUUUAACCCAGUGCCCUGGUUAUCUAACCCCUGCAUGGCUGGAGCCCUGGCCCUCAGUGGGGGUUGGAGAGCACAGUAACGUAGGAAAAGCACAGAACCCUGCACUGUGCCAGUGGCAGACAGGCCUGCCUGUGUUGAUGUGGGAAGAUUUUUUUAGGUUGCCCUCGCAUGUGUUGUAGAAACCUAUUAACAAGGUCUAAUGCAGCACAGACACAAUAAAAUGUAAAAUUUUACAUUGUUACUGUAAGGCUAAAACAAUGGAAAUACAGGUACUGUAUAUGCAAACUUCCCAUUUUCAGGCAUGCAUCUAAGCUGCUCAGGUAGCCUUCCUUCCACAAGGUUGUACUACAUUUAUUGGUUCUAGAGCAGGGUGAUAAGCCUACCUGGUGUAUAAAAAUAGUCUAUUUACAAGUGCUAUUGUCCGUUGAGUUUACAGCAUAUUAAUUAUGGAAGGAUGGAUACUGUUAAGGUACCUGUACAAGGUACGUUAACUGUGCUCAGAUCUUGCAUUAGUUGGGGCUGGACUUGUUAUGUGUGGUUCUGAUGUCUGCCUGAAAGUGGCAAGUGCCUUUCUGAACCGGCUCUAUCCACUGACGUUCCUGAAGGACCUUCUCUCAGGCUUGGGCAGCAGUGCUCAGCGCUGACGAGGCAGAAGUACACCAGGAACUGGACGUUUUCUUCUUCUGCUUGAGGAGAACAAAACAGGCAGAGCUGAUUUGCGGCUUAACCUCACAGUUAAUCAUCAUAGACCCAUCAUAGGCCUCACCGCCACAGCACUGCCCAGGGAGUGGCUGCCUGUGCCGAGCCCUGUCCGUUUAUAUCCUGGCAAUCCACAAAAUCGAAUUGGGAGUUUUGAUCGGAGGUGGAAUAUGAGGCAAAAGAAGGAGGAACAGUAGGACACCUGCUGGUCUUUAGCCCUUAGGUUAGGCCUGGUUUGCUGCACUAUGCGAGAGAAGGGUCUAAACCUGGGGAAUGGGAAACAGGUGGAUGGACUGUAUACAGUAUAGACUGGGUGAAGUCUGUGUAUACAAACUUUACAAAACCAGGGAAAGUCACUAGCAUUGUAACACACUGAUACCUAGCAAUGAUCUAUUUACACACACAAGUACUAUGACUUUGGAAAUUUUAUUCAAGGUCAUAUUACUCGUGGAACAUUGCAAAAAGGACUGGUGGCAAGAGGUAACUGCACUUAAUGACUGAUGACUGAUAUUACUGAGAGCUGGCUUCCUGUGUAAAUGUG